CAUGUAGAUAUAAUCUCUUCUUCUUGCUGUCGUGUCUAGAAAAUCGUCGUCUCACAUCCAUUGGACAAGCACUAUUGCUCUAACUCAUGUCUGCUUGUUUCCCAAGACGACUGUUAAAUAGAUGCAAGGAAUCCCUAUAGCAAGCGGAUGACCUAUCCCGCUCUCUUAGAACAAACAUCUCUUUUUUUUUUAAGGAUUAGCGCCCAUUUCUAUUCCAUUCCUCCUUUCACCCUUGAACCCGAUGACGAGCCGUUCGGCACCCCGACGACGCCAGACCUUGCGGGAUUCGCACGCUGCAUCGCGAAAUGGCGCCACCAUGACACCAAAGGUCAUUAACGCCGCUCCUUCUCUCGAGAAGGCUGAACUGUACGGCAUAGACGACCAGCGCCCAACCUUUUCCAAGCUCAUGGGACUCGCCGGCCGGAUUCUUAUCGAAACUAUUCCACAAUGGAUAACUGUAGGGGCUAUGCUUGGUCUGAUAUUCGGUGGCUGUUGCUCGAACGUCUUUGCUCUCGAAGCUAUCAUUAAGGUUGAACCAGCAAGUGGAACUCUUCUAACUUUCGUACAAUUUUUGUUCGUCGCUGUCACGGGAUACAUCUCGCAAUUCGAUUAUACGCGCCCGCCGUUCUUCAUCAAGCCAAACCGAGUACCGAUCCGUCGCUGGUUGAUCAACAUUGUGCUUUUCUUUAGUAUCAAUGUUUUAAAUAACCACGCGUUCAGCUACGACAUCUCAGUGCCAGUCCAUAUCAUUUUACGGUCCGGUGGCAGUAUUACGACAAUGAUCGCUGGUAGUUUAUAUGGGAAGAAAUACUCUCGGAUCCAGGUUAUUGCCGUCCUCUUGCUUACGGUUGGUGUCAUCACGGCCGCAUGGUCAGACUCUCAAUCUAAGGAGAAACCUGCCGGUGAUUCUAAAGAUGGGGUCCCUAAAUUCAGUACGGGACUCGCAGUCCUCUUGAUUGCGCAGGUCCUGUCUGCUGUAAUGGGAUUAUACACUGAAGAAACAUAUAGGAAGUAUGGGCCGCAUUGGAAAGAGAAUCUUUUCUACUCCCACCUAUUAUCAUUACCACUCUUCCUACCAUUCUCGCAGUCCUUAGUCCGUCAAUUCAUGCGUUUAGCCAACAGCAAACCACUACGACUUGCGCCGCUGGCUGGACAGGUAAACCUUACGAAUUUCCCAACACUCCAGCAGAUAAUCGAAAGAGUCUAUAUACCUAGUCAGGUAGCAUACCUAGCACUCAACGUUUUGACACAAUACGGAUGUAUUCGAGGUGUUAACCUUCUGGCCGCGGCAUCUUCUGCGCUUACCGUUACAAUUGUGCUUAAUAUUCGCAAGCUUGUCAGCUUGUUGUUGAGCAUAUGGCUUUUCGGAAAUCGUCUGGCGCCAGGAACAUUGAUAGGAGCUAUCGUAGUAUUUUCUGCGGGUGGCUUGUACUCGUUAGAUUCUGGGAAAAAGUCGACUUUAAAGCCAAAGACAGCAGGUGGGAAGGCGGGAUAAUCAGAUAGGAGGCGUUGAAACGAUAGGCUUUGCCUUGCUUCUUCUUCUAUGGAGUAAACAUUCAACGUAGUAACAGCGCUGACUAGGCGUAUUACUUUUCUACUACAAUUAUUUGCCGUGCGUGCCAAUUAUGUGAAAGUGAGAAUCAUGUUAUUAAACUUAUUAAUGUUACCAGUACUACAUACAUACCGUAUGACUUCUUAGUAUAGG